AUGGGAUGUGUAAAAAGCAAGGAUCCAAUUUCAAGUAACAGAAGAGUAUCAGUUGCUGGUGAUGUUAUCAAAAACCCAUCUUUCAAUGGUCCAGUCAUCCGCUCUGUGACGCAAUUACGAAUUCACCCUCGCACAUUCUUAAAACUGAAAUUUGGAGGACUUUCUAGUGAUUAUGAGCUAUUAGAAAUCAUCGGAGAAGGCACUUUUGCUGAAGUGAAGAAAUGCUAUCACAAUCCCUCUCGCAGUUUUAGAGCUCUUAAGAGGAUAAACAAAACAGGGCUUCAUAUUGACCAGUUAGGUGGAAAGCUCCACCUAAAAGAAAUGGCGAUUCUUCGAGAGCUGGAUCAUCCCAACGUUCUUAAAUGCUUUGAGUUCUUUGAAGAUGAUAAAAAUUUUUACAUUGUCAUGGAAUAUUGUGGAGGUGGUGAACUCUUCAAAAAGAUCCUAGAUAUUAGCUCCCCAUCUCUAUGAGCGAACAAAACUUUUACCCAAAAACCCACCCUCCGUGAGCGAACAAAACUGUUUUUAAUAUAAAAUUUUUAUAUUAAAACAAAUUGAUAUAUAAGUGUAAUUAUUAUAAUGAAAUCUCUAGCUAAUCUAGAUAGCUUGCAUUUUAAAACAUAAAUUUUAUAUAUUAAAUAAAUAUUAGCUUUCAAAUUUUGGCGAAUUGGGAUUUUUAUAGUAUCGAAAAAAAAAAUUAACAUAAAUUGUACAAAAAAAAUGCAAAAAAAAAAAUUUUUUUGUUCGCUCAUGGAGGGGGGAGUAAACGAUUUUCUGAAAAUGAGGCUGCUGAUAUCAUGUCUCAGUUACUGUCGUGUGUUGCUUACUGUCACAGCAAAAGAAUUGUUCAUCGUGAUUUAAAGCCUGAAAAUAUAUUGGUGGAAGAAGAAGGGUCAUUUAAUAUAAAAAUUGCAGACUUCGGAAGUAGCUGCAUGUAUGACUCAAAUAGAGUUAUGUCUAAGUGUUUUGGGUCUGCUUAUUAUAUAGCCCCGGAAGUAAUCCGAGGACAUUACACUGAGCUGUGCGAUGAAUGAAGUUGUGGAGUUAUCAUGUAUAUAUUAUUAACUGGAAAACCCCCUUACAGUGGGAAAAAUGAAACUGAAAUCUUGGAGCAGAUAAAAACUAGUCCUCUUAAAAUAUCCCAAGAAAACCUAUCUGGACUCUCUGAAGCCUGUGUGCAUCUUAUCACUCAACUUUUGCAGGUAGAUCCUGACUCAAGAAUCCCAGCAAAAGAUGCCUUAAUUCACCCUUGGAUCCAAAGAAGCAGAAGGGCUCGCACAGCUCCAAAUCUAAGCAAAGCUUUAAACGAGCUGAGAACCUUCCAGAGAACUACCAAGCUGAAAGAAGCUAUAAGAGUUCACUUGUCAAGCCAAAUUAUUUCUCAAGAAGAUGCCCAAGAAUUAAAGCAGUCUUUUCAUGCUCUUGACAAAAAUGGCGAUGGAAAAAUAACUAAAGAAGAGCUGAGCGAAAUCUAUAAAAUGUCACUUGGACAAGACGAAGCCGUUAAAGAAGCAGAAAGAAUCAUGGAUGAAAUAGAUAGAGAUAGGAAUGGGUAUAUAGAUUAUUCAGAAUUCUUACAAAUAUGUCUUCAAGAAAAUCGACACUUAAGUAAGGAAAAUCUUAUUCAAUCGUUUAAAGUUUUUGAUGCGGAUAGUGAUGGAAAGAUCUCUGCUGAAGAGCUGAAGAAUGUCCUCGAAACCGAUGAAUUGGCAGCUGACCAUGUGUGGAGUGAUCUAAUAAAGGAAGCAGAUACAAACGGAGAUGGGGUUAUUGACCUUAAGGAGUUUAUCUCAUUAAUGAGCAAAAAACUCAGAUAA